AUGGGCGGUGGGGGGAUAAUUGCUCGGGAUUCAGCUGGUUGUUUUGUGGCCGCCCGUGCAUGCAAACUCAGCCAUGUCUCUUCCCCGAAACAUGCUGAAGCUCUUGCCCUUCGUGAGGCCCUUCUUUUUGCCAAGGAUAUUGGACCAGGUCCAAAGCUGAUUGAGAUUGAUGCGCAAGGGGUGUUACACUCUGUUCAGGAUGCGCAGGAGGAUAGAUCCUAUUUAAGCUGUUUGUUUUCAGAUUGCAAGUUUUUCCUUUCCCAGUUAGAGAAUACUUCUAUUAAGUUUGCUUUUAGAGAAGCUAAUCGAGCAGCGCACCGCUUAGCUCGUUUGGCAAUUCCCUUGCUAGAAACAUUCACGUGGCUUCAGGAUCCUCCUGAUGUCGUGUGUGAUGUUUUGGUGCAGGAUAUUUUGUAA